CAUUUCGCAAAGAAACUUUACAUUUCUUUAUAAUUUAUUUUUAUAAAAGAAUAAACUUAAAUAUAAAUAAUCUUAAAAAUUUUAAAAGAGAGAGACAAAAAUAAAAAGAACAUUUAUUUUAUAAUAAUUAGAAUCUGUGGUGAAAAAAAAUGGCAGUUUUGACAAACAUUUUGAUUCUUCUGAUAGUAACAAUUAUUACGACAAUAGUGGCGAUUUAUAUGUACAUGACUAGAAAAUUUAAACAUUGGAAGAAAAAAGGCAUUGUGGAAUUAAAGCCCACACCGUUUGCGGGCAAUUUCGGCGAUUGUUUGUUGAUGAAAAUAUCACCCGGAUUAUUAUUUAAACAAAUUUAUGAUGAGGGCAAAGGCCUUCCAUAUGUUGGAAUGUAUAUUUUUGAUAAGCCCACUUUACUUCUUCGAGAUCCAGAAAUUAUCAAACGGGUUUUGAUAAAGGACUUUAAUUAUUUUAAUGAUAGAUUCUCUCGAGCUAGUGAAAGUGACAAAAUUGGAAAUUCCAAUCUUUUUAUGAUAAAGAAUCCGGAUUGGAAAACGGUUCGAGCAAAGUUAACACCAAUUUUUACAUCGGGCAGACUAAAGAAAAUGUUUUUGUUAAUGGAAGAAGUUGGAAAAGAUCUUGAUAUGCAUUUAGCAUCAGAGGUACCAGAAGGAACUGUUGGUACAUUGGAAAUGAAAGAAGUGUGCGCCAAGUUUACCACAGAUAUGAUUGGUACAACGGCUUAUGGAUUAAAAGUAAAUUCUCUAAACAAUCCGGAUGCAGAAUUCAGAAAAUGUGGAAGACACAUUUUUACAUACAAUAUUCGACGUAACAUUGAAUUUACAACAAUAUUUUUUAUGCCUGAAUUAGUCUCUACCUUAGGUUUUCAACUUUUUUCAAAAGAAAGUACUGUUUUCUUAAGGAAUGCUUUUUGGGAUACAAUAAACGAGAGAAUAAAAUCUGGAACAAAGAGAAAUGAUCUCAUUGAUCUUCUAAUUGAGUUAAGACAAAACUGUGAGAAAGAUCCUGAACAAUAUAACGGAUUUAAAUUUGAUGGUGAUAAUUUAGUAUCACAAGCUGCAAUUUUUUUCACCGGCGGAUUUGAAACGUCCUCAACAACAAUGUCCUUUACAUUGUACGAAUUGGCUGUGAAUACUAAAGUACAGAAUAAAUUAAGGUUAGAGAUUGAAGAAGCUUUAAAAGCCAGUGGAGGAAAAAUAACAUACGAUAUGGUAAUGACCCUACCAUAUUUGGAUAUGGUGAUAUCGGAGACACUGAGACUUUAUCCAAUCCUACCAUUUCUUGAUAGAGUUGCAAUACAAGAUUAUAAAAUUCCUGAAACAAAUUUGGUUAUUGAGAAAGGAACUCCAGUUAUAGUGCCAAUGGUCGGCCUUCAUCAGGAUCCACAAUAUUUUCCCCAUCCACAAAUCUAUGAUCCUGAAAGAUUUUCUGAACAAAAUAGAAAAUCUCUAAUGCCUUGCGUCUAUAUUCCAUUUGGAGAAGGACCUCACAUAUGCAUUGGUCAACGUCUUGGUCUAUUGCAAUCUAAAUUAGGAAUUAUUCAUAUUAUUUCAAAGUAUGAACUUUCAAUUAAUAAAAAGACUCCCGUUCCAAUACAAAUUGACCCAAAAGCAUUCUUGACGUCAGCAGUUGGUGGACUUCAUCUUGAUUUGAAAAAAAUUACCACAGUAGCCGGUUAAA